CGAAAGAAAACUUCUUUAUCACUUCAACAGACCAAAUACAGAAUAAAGCCGAUGCAAAAAGAAACCCAAGCCACCCCAGCAGCGACUGAGGUACAGCUCGCGCAUCCGACCAAACAGACCGCCCCUCAGUGACGUCAGGCAGCAGGAACCGGAUUGUGAUUGGCCGAGACGGCUGUCACUCAGGGCAUUUGGAGGCGGUGAUGUUAGCGGCAGGAGCCCGGACCGUUAUUUCCCGCUGCUCGGGGGCCAACCGCUCAACUCAAAAACAAAACCCAGCAGCAUUGCAGGGGUCAGUUCCGGCAGGACAAUCCUAUCAUCUCACGAAUCAGUCUAGUGGAUCUUCAUUGCACUUCUGCUAAGGCAUGUACAUCUUUAGUCUCCAGUUAUAGCAAUGGGAAGCAGCCAUCCACCCACUUGAGCCUGCUCCAGCAUUAAAAUUGGUUGCAAAACAUGGCAAAUAAAAAGCUGAAGAGGACUGGCUUACCUUUGGAUAUGUGUGAGAGGCUUAGCAAAUACCAGAUUGUAAACUGUCAGGACUUUCUAUCCCUUUCUCCCCUGGAGUUAAUGAGGUUCACUGGUCAAUGUAUCCAGAAGAUUUCUGCACUAGCAAAAACUGUUAGCAGGUCUUGUGCUCCUAAAAUGGUCACUGCACUUGAUAUGAAAGCAGAAAGAUGUUCUCAACCCUCCACUGCUUUUUUCCCCACCUCACUGACUGAACUCGACAAGGUCCUUCACGGUGGACUUGCCUGUGGAACUCUGACUGAGGUGACUGGGCCUUCGGGCUGUGGAAAGACACAAUUCUGUAUGAUGCUGAGUGUGUUGGCCACCUUGCCUGUCAGUAUGGGCGGUCUGGAUGGAGCUGUCAUUUACAUCGACACUGAGUCUGCUUUUAGUGCUGAAAGGUUGAUAGAGAUAGCAAGGUGCCGAUUCCCUAAUUACUUCUGUGCAGACCAGAAGUUGAUUGCCAUGACCAACAGAGUUCACCUGUACCGUGAACUCACUUGCUUGGAUGUACUGAAAAGGGUUGAAUCCUUGGAAGAGGACAUUAUCCUGAAAGCGGUUAAGCUGAUUGUGGUGGACUCAGUUGCAUCAGUAGUUCGAAAGGAAUUUGACACAAGACUCCAGGGUAAUCUGUCAGAGCGCAGCAACUUUCUGUCAGGUGAAGCUGCCACACUGAAGUUUUUGGCGGAAGAAUUCUCCAUUCCGGUCAUCCUAACGAACCAGAUCACAACAAGGCUGAAUCAAAGUCGUGCUGCCUGCUCUGUGCCAGGGUCUGGUGCAGAUAAUUCACUUCUGCCUGAAGGUAAUGGCCACCCCUUUCCAUUAACGGAUCAUAGAAGCCUAUUGCCAGCUGCAGUCAGUUGCCUCACAGAUUGUGGGGUAAGCCCUGAUGGGGAAACAGGCUAUGCAACAGCAGCCCUGGGUAACACGUGGAGCCACAGUGUCAACACCAGGCUCAUCAUGCAGUAUCUGGACUACCACAGCAGGCAGAUGAUCAUUGCAAAGUCUCCACUCGCACCAUUUGCUGUGUUUAUUUUCACCAUUCAGGAUGCGGGUCUUGCUCUGCAAGGUGAAGACGGCGGGCUCAGUAUAUCCACCGAGGGUACAGAUCCUGGACUCCAGCCUAUUAGAGUCCGGAGCUCGUUUGCUUACUGCUAAGACCGGGACCUGCCUGCCUUAACCAAGGUCAAGCCCCGACCAACCCAGGAUUGCUUGUCAGCCCAAAACAGACCAAGCUUUCUCCACUCAGAAUGUAUCAUCUAUGCUGAUGGCCUAGGUCAGGAACAUUGAUCCUGUCCUGAUGCGACUGCAUGCUGAAUGGAAAAGCAUUUGGGACAUGAAGACAUGAUGUACUUGGACACCAUGGCCCUUGAAUUAUUCACUUGGGAAGCCAUGGGCUGUUGACACAGAGUAUGGAAGCUGGGAACCAUGUGUUGCAGUAAAAUAUGGAGUAAAGUGAAUGUUUCAGGGAGACGUCAUUGAAGAAAUGCCAUGGACUGUCCAUAACCUAACUUGAGGCAUGCUUUCAGCUAAGUUUUAACCAAGUUUCAGACUAUUUGGCAGUUUAAAUAAACCUUAACAAGGCUACAACCCUAAAA